AUGUUGUCAUCAACUCAAUUAUUAUCUGUUUUAUCAAUUACACUAGUUGUACUUUCUGUGCAUUUUGUAAAUGGUGUUCCUAUAAAUUCAGACUCAUCCGAUGAAAUAAAUUCAGUAAUCAAUGAUGCAACUAAACUAGUUGAUGAUGAACCAAUGUUCUACAAACGAAAAUUACCUCUGGAAGGUAUUCUAAUUGGUCGACGAGAUUUUCCAAAUGAUGGUAGUUUACUUGACAAACGCGAUUAUUCAACAGAAGGAAUUUUACUUGGAAAACGUCAAUACCCAUUCGAAGGAAUUCUACUUGGAAAACGUAACUAUCCAACCGAAGGAAUACUUUUAGGCAAACGUGAUUUUCGUUUAUUCGCACCGAAACCAACAUUUUAUAACUGA